AUGGGCUCUACACAUUUUGACGAAUCCAAUGAACAAGUGCCUCCAACCAUGAAUAUUAGCCACGAUAUCCGUGUGGAAACAAUUGCGAACUCCAACAACAUUCCAGGUGGCAAUAGUUCCCGGAUUGAGAAUGUUUAUACGUCUAGAUCCGAACCACGUGGAAAUCCAUCUGUGCAUUUCAGCUAUGAUUCAAAGACUACUAUCAAUUCCAACAAUACAACUAUUGACAACAAGCGUCAGAGGACGACACAGCAUUUUCCGACAUCAAAUCCUUCUGAUCGAUCAACUACCUUUGGAGCCAAUCCAUUCUCAGAUGUUAACAGUGAUAUAAAGCACGAGAGUUCAGAAGCAAAUGACGCAUUUGAAAGUCAUAAAAAGCGGAACAACAGGGAAAGACCAAGUCCGCACUCAUCAUCUGAUGGCCGAGAGCAAAGAUCAUCAGGAGGAUUUUUCCGUUUUAAAGAAACAAAUACUAUAAAUUCAAACAACGUCAUUAUUGAUAGUAGACAAUUUGAAAAUAAUCGAAAAUACAGUAAUCAACAGGUGAUCAGCGUUGAGAAGAGAUCUGAAGCCGAUCGUCAACAUAUUGCCAGACUGGAUGAAAUGUUGGCUGAACAAAGAAAACAACAAGAUGCGCAGAAUGCUAUACUUGACAAAUUGCUACAUCAAAAUGGAGCAGCUACUGAGAGAAAAUGA